CCAUCUAUCGCCAGGCUCUGGUGGCGGGUCUCCGCGGGGCCGCAAGGUGCCCCACCAAUUUGGCCAAGAAUAGCCAACCGCUGUUUGCUUUUGAGUGGAAAGAUCCUUCCACAGGAACUACUGGACAAUUGACCUGGACACGUUUGCCACAAAGAUUCAAGAAUUUGCCUACCCUCUUCGAUGAGGCUCUACAUCGAGAUUUGGCUUUUUACCGAGCCUCCAACCCACAGGUAACUUUGUUACAAUAUGUUGAUGACCUAUUAAUAGCGGCCCCUACCUGGGAAGCCUGCCAAGAAGCUACUGGAGCCCUUCUGACUGAACUUGCUAAACUGGGGUAUAGGGCAUCUGCCAAAAAGGCACAGAUCUGCCAACAACAAGUGACUUAUUUGGGAUAUUCCCUGAGAGAAGGUAAAAGGUGGCUCACUGAAGCCCGAAAGCAGACUGUGACACAGAUCCCGGUUCCCACUACUCCACACCAGGUUCGUGAGUUUCUGGGGAUGGCAGGGUUUUGUAGACUGUGGAUACCCGGAUAUGCUACCUUAGCCACCCCUCUGUAUCCCCUAACCAAAGGGGCGGCCCCGUUUGUUUGGGGAUCUGAACAACAGCAGGCCUUUGAUGAUAUUAAGAAGGCCCUCCUGUCGGCACCCGCUCUGGCAUUGCCAGACGUGACUAAGCCGUUUGUCCUUUUUGUGGAUGAACAGAGCGGAGUGGCUCGCGGAGUGUUGACCCAACAAUGGGGACCUUGGAAGAGACCUGUCGCCUACCUGUCAAAGAAAUUAGACCUAGUAAGUAGUGGAUGGCCCGCCUGUUUGAGAGUAGUGGCGGCCAUGGCCCUCUUAGUUAAGGAUUCUGACAAACUUACACUGGGACAGAAACUCACUGUGGUUGCUCCGCAUGCGCUGGAAAGCGUAAUUCGGCAACCACCUGAAAGAUGGAUGUCGAAUGCCAGAAUGACUCACUACCAAACCUUGCUCCUGAAUCGCGAUCGUGUGGAAUUUGUCCCGCCCGCCAUCCUAAACCCGGCUACUCUUCUCCCCGAUUUGGGAAAAGAAGUGCUCCAUGCCUGCCAGGAAAUUCUGGUUGAGGAGACGGGGACCCGCCGGGAUUUACGAGAUCAGCCCUUAGAAGGACCGGGACUCCUGACUUGGUACACGGAUGGGAGCAGUUACAUCAUGGUAGGUAAGAGGAUGGCGGGAGCUGCAGUGGUAGAUGAUGACCGGAUCGUGUGGGCCAGCGGACUCCCAACGGGCACUUCUGCACAGAGAGCAGAACUCGUCGCCCUGACCCAGGCUCUAAGGAUGGCGGAAGGUAAGAGACUUAACGUCUACACUGACAGCUGAUACGCUUUUGCCACCGCUCAUAUACACGGGGCUAUUUAUAGACAGAGAGGACUGUUAACUUCUGCCGGAAAAGAUGUUAAAAACAAACAAGAAAUUUUAGAUUUAUUGGAAGCCAUCCAUAGGCCUAGGGAAGUGGCAAUAAUACAUUGCCCUGGGCAUCAGAAAAAUGACUCUCCAGUAGCUCAAGGAAAUCGGAGGGCAGACCAAGCUGCGAAACAAGCAGCCCAGGGAAUGAACAUCUUAUCCCUCCAGGUAUACCCAGAAGCCACAUGUAUUAAGAGGUUCCAGUAUACACCCGAGGAUCUCGCUCAGAUGGACAAGCUGGGGUUCCAAAAAUCCUCACCCCUUGGAACAUAUGAGUCAGGAGAUGGGAAAAAUAUUCUGCCCCAGAAAGAGGCAGGAGAAUACUUAAAGCAACUACAUCAGUUGACGCAUUUGGGGGCCAAGAACCUAAAAACCCUGGCUCGAAACUCCCCUUAUCACAUCAUUGGUUUGGGAGAAAUGGCAGACGAGGUGGUGAGAAAUUGCGUUCCUUGCCAAUUGGUAAAUGUGAAUAAACGUCAAG